AUGGAAGCUACACCCUCCCGCUGCACGACCAACAGCAGGACUGGCGUUUGCGCUGUCGUGGCCCUGUCAACUCUACCUAUAGAAGCCCAGACCCAGAACCCGGCAGCGCCUGGCUGGCAACCAGCCCGAGCCCGCCACUACGACACGCAGCAGCGCACGAGGGUGGGCGAGGCCAAGGGGCGUAGCUCCGAGUGCGAUGUAGGGGAGGCCUGGGUGCAGCGUCACCUCAGAGCAUGCUCUUGUCGGCUACGAGACACGCCUCUUCCCUCUUAUCCUAACCCUCGCAUUCCCGCUCUCUCUCAGUGUCUCUCUCUAUUCCCCUCCCCCCACUACGACCAGGCCCUCGCUCGCACCCAACGCCCGCGCCCGCGUCCUCCCCGCCAAACUCGCUCCUCGUCGCUCAAUCUCCCGCCCCACGACGACGACUCGCCCGCCCAAACGCCGUUACCCUCCCGCGAACCCGCGAAAUUUGUCAUGGUGAUUAACGAUUCUGGUGUCAGAGUCUCCCGCUCCUCCAUCGCUAUGUCCAAUCCCACCACGUCCAACGCAGCCCAGAAGCUGCACCAGACCUCGACCCCGUCCUCCCGCCCUCGCAACCGCCGCGAGUCAACCACCGGCGUCGCCCCGGGUGGAAGCCGUGCUCGCAAGAACAGCGUCGCUGGCCCUCCCGCCGCCAACAAUGCUGCGUCCAACUCGGUGCGCCCCCGUGCCAACACCAUCAGCCAUGUUGACGGCAAUGCUAUGCAGAUGAUGGCCGCCAAUGCCGCCGUUGCACGGGGCAUGCCUCCGACUCACACUCACAGCCGGCACCCAAGUCUUGCCGGCUUGCCUAUGCAUAACUUUGACCACAUUUUCGGUGGUAUGUCGGCUGCCAUGGGCCAGCGAGGGGUUCAGCCGGGUCUGCCCAAGCUGGAGACUGGCACCCUCGGCAACAUUGACUUCACCAGCGGCCUUCGCACCGCGCCGCCAAUGGCUGCUUUUAACACGGAAUUCGAUUUUGAGGGUCUUCUCUUUGGGCCGGGCUCCACGAUCAAUCCCAACGCCCUUCAUUACAAUGAUUCGCCGCAGUCGAUGGCCUUGGAACAGACCUCGCCGUUUGCGCAAUCCCUUAAUGAGAUGCCUACGAGCCAAACUCUCGACGAUAAUUUUGACUGGUUGACUGGAUUCGAGCAUCAGAUGUCUUUUAACACGAACGAAAACGUUGUGGACGGGUCGAGCCCGUCCGCCAUCAGUACGACGAGCCAGAGUGGGAUUAGUGAUGUUAUGUUGGAUGGGUCAAAUCACCCCGCGCCGGCCGGGACGAGUACCAUGUGGCAACCCUCCGUGAUGGGCCCUCCACAGAUGCCGAACCCGUUUGCGAUGGAUCUGAAUGGUUCCGUCUUUCCAGAUCUCCUGAAUGGGGCCCCGUUAUCACCGCAGCCAGCUUCUCAAAAGAUCAAUGACCCUUACUUCUCUACGCCUCCACCUUCGCUGAGCUCGCUGAGCCCGUCCGUCGUAUCUGGGCUGGGCGCACAGAACAUUAACCAUACCCUUGGCUUCAACGCCGGCCCGGAAACGCCCUCAUCUCUCCAGGGUGGAAACCACGGGGCCUCGCCCGUAACCACCAUCACAGAUGCCACCCGGAGUGCCAUUGUGAACACCCUGUCCCAGUGCCUACCCUUUGGCGGUCGUAAAUACUCUUUUACUUCUCAGGGCUCACCUCAAGCGUCUCACAUCCAGUCUGCCGGCGCCAACGCCUCCCCCCAGGCCGCCAGCUUGCCCAGUACGCCGGAUCUUCAACGAUACGUUGGUGCUUACCUUGCCUAUUUCCACCCACAUCUUCCUUUCUUGCAUAUUCCCACUUUGUCCUUCGAUUUGCCCCCUCCCACAAAUAAUCGGCCCGGUGUAGGUGGUAGUGGCUGUCUGAUUCUUUCUAUGGCCGCCAUCGGCGCACUUUAUGAGAUGGAGCAUGCCCAGUCGCGCGAGCUCUUUGAGAUGGCCAAGAAGAUGAUUUUCUUCUAUCUCGAGGAGCGGCGCAAAGCCGACGUCCGAAAAGCGGAUAUCCGACGCAGCACCCCUGUCGGCGACCAGAACCCACGUUUCAGCGAAAGCGCCGUGCACACCCCCGUCUGGCUCGUCCAGGCUAUGCUCCUCAACGUUGUCUAUGGCCACAAUUGCGGCGACAAAACCGCUAGUGACAUUGCGUCCACCCACUGUGCUGCCCUGGUCAGCUUGGCCCAGGCGGCUGACCUCCUUCGACCCGACCGUGCCAGUACCGCCGAGAGGCAAGAUACUCACAUGACAGAUGAUGGGAAUUGGAACGCCAAGGCUGAAUCUGACCAUGUGGAGUGGCUGCGUUGGAAGUCGGUCGAGGAGCGGAAGCGCACUCUUUACGCUGUCUUUAUCCUCUCCAGCCUUCUGGUCUCCGCUUACAACCACACACCAGCUUUGACAAAUUCGGAAAUUUUCUUGGAUCUGCCUUGUGACGAGGAAUUCUUCUCUGCCGACUCUGGUGCUGCCUUUGCUUCCAGAGGAGGAGCCGAUGCUGCUAACCAUAACCGUAUGACGUUCCAUGAUGCCCUGGGAGAUCUCCUCCGCACGAAUGAGAGACAGCAGCAGCAGCAACUCGCUCUUAAUGGUCAGCAGGGGUUUGAAACUUCGCCUGAUGGAAAAGACACGCCCAAGACCGAUCUCAAGCCCAGCACGUUUGGUUGCCUGGUUCUCAUCAACGCCCUCCACAAUUACAUCUGGGAGACGCGGCAACGGCACCACAACAAGGUCUGGACAAAUGAAGAGACGGAGAAAAUGCAUCGGCAUAUUGAGCCUGCUCUCAAGGCAUGGCAGGCCGCCUGGGCCAGCAACCCACACCAUAGCCUGGAGCGACCAAACCCGUUUGGCAUGGGCCCACUCUCCGCCGACGCAAUCCCGCUCCUUGAUCUUGCGUACAUUCGACUAUUUGUCAAUUUGUCUCGGUCAAAGGAGAAGUUCUGGCAACGCGAUUGGGAUGGAAUGGCCAGAGAGCUGUCCCGCGGCAACGAGAUAAUUCAACACGCAGAGCACUCUCCAGGAUCCAACUCCGAAUCCGUCGGGACCGAAAUGUCGGAUCCCUCCGUGCACAGCUCCGUCUUUGUGGAUUCUCCCGGGACCCCUCCAGCAGAAUUUCCUGGAGCGAAGUUCCCCGGUGCGAACACAGGAACGACCACAUCUGGCAUGACGAACCGCUCCAUUUCUCGACGGGAGAAGCACUUGCGAAAAGCGGCGUUUUAUGCCGCAGACUCCCUGGCCAUGUCAGAUAAGCUCGGAGUUACGUUUGCUGACUUUACGAGCCGAGAGCUACCCCUCCAAUCAGCGCUCUGUGCGUUUGAUUGCGCCCAAGUGCUAGCUGAAUGGAUCGCAACUCUGCAGGAUCGUGUCGGUCGGUACCUGGGGAUCCUCGGCCAAGACCAAGUGGAUCUGUCACAAGUCCCAGCCAUUAUGCUUCUAGAAGAAGAGGACGUGAAGCUGCUCGACAAGAUCCAGGAGGUUUUGGGCUCCGCAGAGAUGAAGAUGAGCAUGGAGCUUGUCAACGGUGGCAUUGAGCCCAGCAUCAACAUGGAUGGGCAUAGCGGGUAUGCCGCGAAGCUCCUCCGUAUCACCGCAUUCAUGUUGGACAAGGAGGCAGUCUGGCCAGUGACUCGCCUCAAGGCCCGCUGUCUAGAGUCUCAUGCGAACCACAUGCGGGCCCGAGCGGAAAAGUCCAUCAUGACCACUGAGUGA